AUAAGCUCAAAACCAGAGGAAAUAAGAUGCCACCAUUGCGACGCUCAUCCUCUACUUAAUAAGCCCACCCAAUAUUGAACACAAGCAUUAAACGCACCCUUACCCCCACGCAAUCCCAAAUCUUUCUAGAUUUUUUAGUCAAUUUACAGAAUCAAGAAUCAAAUUUUGGCACACCGACAGUGCUAGACUCAAGAAUCAAAUUUUGACACACCGACAGUGCUACUCUGAUGAACUGAGAAUUUUACAAGAGAGUUUUUUUAUGGCGAUUUCCGAUGCGGUGGUGGGGAACCUGACGACGCUGUACCUGGUGGUGAUAGUGGCGAUGAAGGCGUAUGGACUGGCGGCGGGGCGGAGCUUCAGCAGUGGAUAUGUGCUGAUUUUGUCAACAAUUGUAGUGGGCUUAAUCUUGGUUGCGAGUCUGACGUGGGACGUUUCCCGGAAAGCCACGUAUGCAUUGACACGCGAUCAUGGCCAUGAAAUGUGCCGCGGGGGCAUCUGCUGGCACGGCGUCGCUGUUAAAUCACCGGCGUCUCAGGUCCGGUUCCGGCUACCUCAGCGGCAUAUACAAUGAACCCCAGAACUCUUCCAAUGUGUUUUGAGAUCAACCAAUCCAAUACUAUUUACCCUUAGUAUGGUACAGAUCAAAAAAAAAAAAGUUGCAUAGUCGAAAUAGGGUUUAAUUUUCUGCUUUUUGCUCCUGUCUCGUGUAACUAUACAUGCAAUUUUAAUUUUCAGGAUUGAAUUAGAGAUAUAUGUAAUCGUGUAUACAUACUAAUGCUGUCUGUAAAACUUUAAUGUCUGUGUAGCUUACGAAGUUGGAUGUAUUUUUGGGUUUCCUUUUCUUUGUUAACGUCAAUUUAAUUCA